CGAGGAGCAGACACAUAAACCCAGGCGGGAGGCGCCUCUUUAAUCCCUACGGAAAGCGGACGUUUCACCAAUGGGAGCUUAUGGAACCGCAGCUCUAAAACAUUGUCACCUAGCUUUCUCCUUCCUUGCCUUAAUUUUUUUUUUUUUAAUUUCUUGCUAUAAGUGUUGUUGUUUUACCUUUUAAUUAUGAAAGUGGCCACUCCAUUCAAGAUUAAGACUUGGAGGGAAUUUGUAAAAGAAAAGAAAGAAUCGAAAAGAAGAGACGCGUCUGGUGCUUUUGAGGGUGCCUAGUUUUUUUGAAAAGGCAUCUAGGAAGAUAGUGCGUUGGGUAUCUGGAACAACUUCACGGACCUCAGGGCUCGCCCAUCAUGGAUGUUCCAGGUAACCAAACCCGCCGCUGCGCUCCAAGGUCCUCUGGCUCCUUCGUUUUGAGAAUCCCCUGGCCUUGACCAACCCAGCAAGGGCCAGAACACAGUGAAGUCUACUCCUGGCUCUGCGCGUCCCUGAGCGCAGCUUGGCUCCCUUUCUGUCCCCGCCAGCCUCUGCGUCCUUGCGGCGCCCCCCAGCCCAGAUGCUGGCGCCGGGUCGGGGCCCCGGAGGGUCACCGAUGAGCAUGCCCGGGCGCCGGGGGGCGCUGCGCGAGCCGGCGGACUGCGGCUCCGGCCUGGGGGCGGCGCUGGCCCUGCUGCUGCUGCUGCUGCCCGCCUGCUGCCCAGUGCGGGCGCAGAACGACACGGAACCCAUCGUGUUGGAGGGCAAGUGCCUGGUGGUGUGUGACUCCAGCCCGUCUGCGGACGGCGCCGUCACCUCCUCGCUAGGCAUCUCUGUGCGCUCAGGUAGCGCCAAAGUGGCCUUCUCCGCCACGCGGAGCACCAACCACGAGCCGUCGGAGAUGAGCAACCGUACCAUGACCAUCUACUUCGACCAGGUGUUAGUAAACAUUGGCAACCACUUUGAUCUUGCCUCCAGUAUAUUUGUAGCACCUCGAAAGGGGAUCUAUAGCUUCAGCUUCCAUGUGGUCAAAGUGUACAACAGACAAACGAUCCAGGUCAGUUUAAUGCAGAAUGGCUACCCAGUGAUCUCCGCAUUUGCAGGAGACCAGGAUGUUACCAGGGAAGCAGCCAGCAAUGGUGUCUUGCUGCUCAUGGAAAGAGAAGACAAAGUUCACCUCAAACUGGAGAGGGGAAACCUCAUGGGAGGCUGGAAAUACUCCACAUUCUCGGGCUUCUUGGUUUUUCCGCUAUAGACACAGAGCCACCUGGAUGGUGGGGAAGUUGUGAUGAAGAUCCAGGAAUCUGCCCUUCAUAGCACCCUGAACUUGUCUAAAUAGAACAACUUGAGUCCACCUCCAUCAGACUCUUGCCCUAGGAGAAUGAUUUCCUUCUAAAGCUCCGGUAUUUUCUUUGACUAUUGACAAUUCCUCCGGAACCUGGCCUCUAAUUAGUUUUAGGCAACAAGGUCUUAAGGAGAAAUGAAAUUAUUGAUUUGAGCAAUUUGUACCUGUGAUUGUAAAGUCAUUAUCAGAUUUUAUUGUCGGGACCGUUGACUUACCUUCUUUCGUUUGUACGUUGUAUUCUUGUCCCGAUGGCAGAGAUGCUGCUGACCCUCAGAUGGAUUGCACGUUACAGUCAGGGCUUAAAGAAGAGCCCAGCAAAGAACCACCCACUGGACAGUUUUUUUGACCUGUGUUCUGUGUGUGUCUGUAUAGCCUUAAGAAAAAGAAUGGCUUUACUUUCAUUCUGUAGCUUUUCCCCUGGGGUGUAUGGGAGGACUUGGGAGGGAGCUGGGCAUUGGGAAACUGUCAAGAAGUGCUUUAUCCAGAGAAGCAAAUUUUGCAGGAUAGGAUGCAAAUUUUGUUUUGUGUUGCCAGUGUUUUGUUUUUUUUUGUUUGUUUGUUUUGUUUUGUUUUGUUUUUCUUUUCCCUCCAGAGGUUUUCCUUUCCUUUCCAUCCUAAGCUUUCCUUCCUCAUGCCUACUUAGUUUUCAUGCUGGGGUUACAAAGAGAAAAAUGUAUUUUAAAUUCAUGGAUGAGAUCAAACCAAACCAAACCAAAUCUACGCAUUCCAUUUUGGAUGAGAGGAAAUCAGACAAAGAAGUGUUUUUCUAGCCAAGGAAGGACAACAAAUGGACUAUUCUGCUGGUUUUUUCCAGGAGAUUCUCUCAAAUGCACCUUUGAACUUGCAACCUGGAUUUUAUUUUUUUAAUUUACACUCUGGGACCCUUUAAGAACCUGGCAUUCCUUGGUGGGCCUGAAUCAAAUAACAGUGGAACAGCAAUGAUCAAAUCCUUCAGAUGCUCCUUGUCCAAGUGUGGCUUAGCAGCAAGUUAGAUCCAUCUCUGAGUGACCACACAGUGACCAGAUACUUCAAAGUAGCAGGACCAGCCCCUCUUUUUGGAGAUCUGUUGACCUGCGAAGGAGAGGGAUGUCUUCACACUCUGCAAGGUACACCUGGCUGGAAGCCACCAGGAAUGGAUGUCACAGCAGUUGCAGGUACUGGCUGCUGUACCCUAGGAGUGGUUUUGCAAACCCUGCUUAUUUUGGCAUCUUGCACAACAGUAUUAUUAAGAUGCAUCUUGAGAGUCUUGGUGCAGGAUUUGUGUGCCAAUGAAAUGUCACUGAUCCCAAAGCAAUCAAAGAUGAGACCUCAAACCGGUGUUAAUUUGUCCUUUGUGUAACAAUGUAACCAAAAUAUUGAUGAUAAAACUCAUAAUUUAAGAUUCAGAAUAAAUGGGUUUGAUGUCUGACUUGUUCUGGUCCCUCCUCAUCGUCUCUUUCAAAAUCAUAGGGAGGUAUAGGUUAAGCACAAGGGAAAUUAGGGAUGUUAAAUUCUUGCUGUGUUUUAGAAAGCACAAACACAAGUGCAGCUAAGGACCUCCGUGCAUAUUGCUCACUCAGACACAUUCCAUGUAUACUUUGUAUUUUUCAAACAGAAAUUUUUGGAGAAGGGAUGAGAAAAAGACACAAUUUUGGUUUAAUGAGUGGGUCAUCUGCUUUGAUCACACAUUAUCUUUAAUGUGCCCAAAAUUUCAGUAAAUAACUAAUAAUAAAUAAGACACCAACCUUUGAGAAGGCUCCGAUAGUUAUUUCCAAAUUGUGUGUGGGAGGGAGGAUUUCAUGCUUAAAGAGCAAAUGCAGGAAACAUUAUAUAAAUAUAGUUUAAUAAGGGCCUAAGCUUUACUGUCCUUAUCUGAACAAGAAAGGAUGAAGGAUUUCAUUCCAAUUAAACAAUGCUGUUUUAUGAGGGGAGAAAAAUCAACCAAGAAGCAUUUGGGGUACUUUGGCUUUGUGAUUCAGAGACAUACUUCUAAGUGUGAGCAUUGUUUAUUAAUGCCGGAAACAUAAAUAGAAAGCAGAUGGAGUGUGUGCCCCUUGUGUUUUGUUGUACUUAGAUAUUUUAAUCCUCUUUCCUUCAUUUCCUUAACUUCAUGCUCAAUUUAAAACAAGCAGGAAACCUCAUUUGAAGACAAUAUUAUACUGCAGAGGUUUAAAGAUGCGGGAGCCCUUGUUAUUAAUAUUUGCAUCACUUAAGAAUAUAUAAUGCACACAUAUCUUUGUAUUUGUAUCUUUAUUAUGUACAAAUUGCUAUUGGUUUAUAUUGUCUCAUUAAUAAGUUAUUAAAUUGACCAAUCUAAAUAUAUUCCAAGAGUUCAUUUUCUAUUAGCAAUUCAGCUUCCUCCUGAUGAGUAUAUUACUAGCCUUCUUUCUUCUCGCUCCAUGUGAAUGUCAAGGAGUACAUAGGUAUGCAGCAUUCCUGAGAGUAGCUCUGAGGUUGCAUACCACCCAUUGCAGCAUCUGCCAGGCAGUACCCCUAUAGAAAUUAUGUAAAUUGAUUUACUUGCUUGAAAAUAAACUUAGAUAAACAACAUUACAUUAUUAGAAUAGUUAUAAUAUGUAAAGCAACAUAAGACCUUUGCUGAAAAUUUAACUUGCUUGUGAUACCCAUGAUAGAUAUGACCAAUCUAGAUAUGACCUAUAGAAAACGUAGAUGCCAGAUCAAAAGUCAGUAUACGGUUUUCUUCAAUCUUAUUGAUGAGAGUCAUCUAACAGUCCUAAUCUGAGCUCACAAUCCUUGGUUCACUGCCUGUGUGUUCAUGCCUGCAGAGUGAGGACCCAGACCCCACAUGAUCAGCUCACUACACAGGGUCAUUGGGAGAACCUCCCCUAAGUGAUGUGAGAAGAGCGAGCACUGGGGUAGUGGGUGUUGUUACUACAGCAGGGAAGGUAUUUACAGUAAACAAGUCUUUCAACUUGCAAUGACAAAGAUUAUUUAAAAUGAACAUCUGACAGAAGGGUACUUGUGCAUGAAAGUACAUUUCCAAAGUUCCACAAAGACUCUUAAAGCUGUAGCUGAAGUUUCCUUACAUUUGAUUUUUUAGGAAUAUAAUAAUAUUAAAUUCAUAUAUUUGACUUUUGUGACAUUCUCUAGUGUGUUAUUUGGCAUUCUCUUGCAGUUAGUGCUCACCCUUCUAUUAUACAAUAUA